AAUCUGAAUAUAAACAUGGUAAACAUGACUUCUGUAAGGAAUUUGUUUUGGUUGUUAUGUUUUUUGCGUAUUUCAUCAAUAUUGGCACUCACAUAUUCACACCUGAAGUCCCGUAACACACAGACAACCAUUGCUCCCAAAUAUGAUUACAUCGUCUUUCCCGUGCCGAUAAAUACCGAUCUUAAUCACAUUCCAACUCUGCCUACUAACGAGGAGAAUGUAUUGCUCAUUGUGGACGACAACACACACGACGACAUCAACAUCAUAAGGGAGGAAGAAGAAGAAUUGAAAGAACCAUUUCCGGAGAAUGAAAUGGUCCAAGAACGCAAAGAAUUGCAAGAGAAGGGGUUGCUACCUCCAGGUGAUGGCGAAGUAUUGCCUCCCGAUGAAAAUUCCAAAGGUAAAUAUUAUAACGAAGGUGUCAGCGAAGCAAGUGAUAUGUUUGGAGAGGCCACUCGAAUCGUCGAGAAUGAUGGCCAAGAACCUAAAGACACUGAUGAAGAACAAUUGAUGAGGCAGUUGGAAGGUAGACUUGGGACCCUACAGAAUUUAACUUCUAAGGAAGCCGAAACUACCAUUCAACCAAUUGAAUGAAAAAACUAUCGCAAUUAAGGUUGGGAUCUCAUAAG